AUGGCGAAGAAUGCACCUUCAAAUGAAUUACAAGGACUAUCAGAAAGAAAGCAGAUGAUUAAAUCAUUUUCUCAAGAAUUUAUAUGGAAACCUACAUUGAAGAUUGUGUCACCUAAAGCGCAUUCUCCAAAAAUUAUUAGGAAAAAAUUAAUUGAUACUCCUUUGCCUCCGAUUCCUAUACCAGUCAGGAAAAAACAGACCUUAGAAGCUCCCUUCAUAGAUAGAAAAGAGUAUAAUUACCAUACAAAAAUUGUUAAAGAUGACUAUGGAGAUAGGGUAAAUAACUAUUAUUCCAAUUAUUUUCACGUAGAAUCACAAAUGGGGAGAAAGCAACGUAUACAAGAAUUAAUGGAAAAAAAACGAAACCAUAUUUCUUAUGCAGCCCCUGGAGAUAAGCCUUAUAAGAAGCCCGAACAGUCCUCAGGAUUUUUCCUUUUAGAUGGCCUUGUAUCAGGGGUCGACUAUAAAACCCCUAUAUCUUUCAGAUUUUUAAAAAAUCUCCCUAAUAAAUACAAUGGAGCAGGAAUCUAUACGUCGCUUAUGAAAACUCUGUCAAAAGAAAAGCUCAAUAAACCUUAA